AUGGAAGGUUUAAUGAAAAUUCAGAAAAGUAUUCAAGAUAAAAUAAAUAAAAAUUAUAGCAAUUAUAAAAAGUCAAAAAGUCGUAGUUCAUAUGGAUAUUUUGCAGAGAGAUUAAAUAUUUUAAAUAAUAAUUGGCGGGAGUUUGAAGAAAAUCAUCGGAAUAUUUUAAAAGAAGCCGUAGAUACAGACAAAGAUAUAAGUUAUUUUAAACUAAGUCUAUUUGAUGAAGUUGAAGAAUUAUAUGUUGAAUUUAAAUGUGCACUCCAAGAUUCUAUGGCAUUAUUAAAAAAAGAUGAACCAAAGGAAAAAGAGGAGAACAGUAAAGAUCAAUCUUCAAACUCGCCUUCUGGAAGUAGUAUUGCUCAUUUACCACGAAUUUCUUUACCAAUUUUCUCAGGAAAAUAUUUGGAAUGGCAGUCUUUCCAUGAUUUAUUUGUUUCUAUGAUCGACAGUAAUACAUCUUUAGCAGAAGUUCAGAAGUUGCACUACUUAAAGGCACACCUCAGUGGAGAAGCUGAACAGAUAUUACGUCAUAUCCCAAUCACAGACGCUAAUUAUACACAGUGUUGGAAUAAGCUAAAAAAGAGAUAUAAUAAUAGGCGCUAUAUUGCUAAUUCAAUUCUCACGAGACUGGUCGGUCAAAGAAAGUUGAUGACAGAGUCUGCAAACGGAAUCAAGCAGUUACUGGACACAACAAAUGAUUGCCUGAGUGCAUUAUCUAAUAUAGGAGUGAAUACAUCUUCUUGGGACAUUAUCAUUAUACAUCUUGUGUCAUUAAAACUAGAUAAUAGUACUAGAGUUCAGUGGGAGCACAGGAUCAGUGACCACUCAGACAUAUUACCAACGUUAGAGGAAUUCAAUAAAUUCCUAGAAUGCAGGUUUUUGGCUAUGGAAUGUCUUCAUAAUAACGAGAGAAAUGAUGAUAAAGUAGAGAGACCAAAAGUUUUUAGUGUUACCGCAAUCUCCUGUUCCUUUUGUAAAGAAAGUCAUCUAUUAUUCCAAUGUGAAAAGUUUUGUAAUGAGAGUUAUGAAAGUCGUCAUGAAUUUAUUCAGAAAAAUAAAUUAUGCUUCAACUGUUUUGGAAGUAAUCAUCCAGUGAGCCGAUGUAAGAGACGUACCACUUGUAGGCGUUGCGGACGGCGACAUCACUCUUUACUGCACCCUGAGGGAAAUUCGAGUUCAUCGUCUAAUAUGGAACUAAAUCAAACGAAUGAAUCCGAGCACAGAGAGCAAGAAAAUGUGCAGAGAGAGGAGGUUCAAGAAUCAAGUCGAAUUUCAACACAUUUUGCUAAUGGCUCAAUAUCAUCACCUGGUCAAGUAAUGUUGGCUACGGCUUUAGUACACGUAGACACUAAUAGAGAUUGUUAUACACUGCGAGCAUUACUGGAUCAGGGUUCUCAAGCCUCAUUCGUUACGGAGCGUGUUGUUCAAUUAUUAGGGCUUCGUAAAAUUCCUUUCAAGGGAAUAGUAUCUGGCUUGGGUGGAGAUCAGUUUAACUUAUCCAUCAAACAUAUGGUCAUUUUUAAGAUACAGUCCAUUUAUACCUCGUUUAGUUAUGAAAUUCAGGCCUAUGUUUUGAACGCUUUGUCAUCCAGUUUACCAGCUCAAAAACUUAAUAUUCAAGAUUGGCCAGAAUUAUCAGGUUUAACUCUGGCGGAUCCCGGUUAUGGUACACCUAGUAAGAUAGACUUGUUGCUAGGGGCGGAUGUUUAUGGAAUGAUCCUAACGAAUAAUAUUAUUAGAAAGGGCUGUGUCACUGCCCAAGAUACACAGCUGGGGUGGAUAUUAUCCGGUAGAGUAGAAGUAAACCAUCAAUGUCACCAUUCCAGCAUAGUUAGCAUGCAUUCGCUGGAUAAUUCUGAUGAGAUAUUGCGUAAGUUCUGGGAGUUAGAGUCUGGUAAAGAGCAGAAUUUCAUGUCAGAAGAAGAUAAAGCUUGUGAAGAGUAUUAUGAAAAGACUACAACCAGGGAUGAAUCAGGUCGUUAUGUUGUGCGACUUCCGUUUCGCAAGAAUAAUCCUGAUUGCGAACAAGGAGAUUUUAAAGAAAUAGCUAAAAAGAGAUUACUGACUAUGGAAAGAAAGUUAGAAAAGGAUCCAAUUCUAAGAAAGGAAUGUUCAAGAGUAAUAGAAGAAUAUAUAGAUAUGAAUCACAUGGAACUUAUAACUGAAGAAAGAGAAAAGGUUAGAGCAGAUGCCGUUUACUUACCGUUGUUAGUUGUUGUUCGGUUAGAUAAAUCAACCACAGCGGUUCGUCUGGUGUUUGAUGCUUCGUGUAAAGGGAAUAAUGGUAAAUCAUUGAAUGAUGACCUACUUACCGGUCCACGAUUGCAGGGAGAGUUGAGACAUCUAUUGAUGAAGUGGCGUACUUAUCCAAUUUGCUUUAUGGCAGAUAUCAUCAAGAUGUACCGGCAGGUUAAGGUACAUGACGAAGACACCAGAUUUCAGCGAAUUCUGUGGAGACACAAUUCAAACGAGCCCUUCAGGGAAUACCGUAUCCUGAGAGUAACUUUUGGAGUUUCUUCUGCGCCUUAUCUUGCAGUAAAGUCACUUCAACAAGUCGCCAAGGAUGAAGGCAAGCACUUCCCUUUGGCAGCUGAUAGAGUACUGCAAGAUUUUUAUAUGGAUGACCUUAUAUCAGGUUGUCAGACGGAAGAGGAAGCAGUUGAUAUAUACAAUCAAAUGGUCGAAUUAUUAGAAAGAGGUGGAUUUAAAUUGCAGAAAUGGGCAAGUAAUAGUCAGAAACUUAUGCAAGAAAUUCAAGAAGAACAACACAACAAAGCAGACAGAAACUUGGUGAUUAAGACAGAUGAUUUGGUCAAAAUUUUAGGAGUGUCAUGGAAUGUCUCAUCUGAUGAAUUUGAGUACGUUAUUAAAUUACAUCCACAAAAGCAGCCAAUUACAAAGAGAGUCAUUUUAUCCGAUAUAUCUCGCCUUUUUGAUUGCACCGGACUUAGCUGGGAUGAGGAAGUGCCAUCUGAUCUGCUAGAUAAAUGGAUUUCAUUUCGAGAAGAAUUGCCAAAACUUAAUCAAGUCAAAUUACCUCGGUGGAUGCACGCAACAUAUGAUACCACUGACAUAGAAAUCCACGGAUAUUGUGAUGCCUCCAACGAUGCAUAUGGUGCAGUCGUUUAUUCUCGUAUUAAAGACAAGUUUGGAGAAGUUCAUGUUAACUUGAUAGGAGCGAGGACUAAGGUUGCUCCCAUUAAGCAGAUCUCCAUACCUCGUUUAGAGCUUUGUGGCGCGGUACUUUUGGCAAAAUUGUUAUCGGAAGUGUCAUCGGUCAUGAAUGUAUCCAAGGUUCAAUUACGUGCUUGGACUGAUUCAACCAUAGUUUUAGCCUGGUUGAAAGGCGAACCAAACCGUUGGAAGACGUUUGUCGCCAACCGCGUAACUGAAAUAUUAGAGGUUUUAGACAGCAGUCAAUGGUCACAUAUUGAGUCUAAUCAAAAUCCUGCUGACUGUGCGUCUCGAGGAUUGAGGCCAGGGGAAUUGAUCGAGCAUGGAUUAUGGUGGCAUGGACCGCAGAUGUUGCAUGAAUCCUAUUACGAGUUUCCUCUAAUUGAGAAUUUGUCUACUGAUUUGGAGAAAAAAGCCAUUAAAUCUUACCUUGCUGUCUCAGAUCGAAGUAAUGACGAACUGCCUGUCUGGACUAAAUAUUCAUCACUCAAUAAGUUGAUAAGAGUAAUUGCUUUUUGUUUGAGGAUCGUUAAUAAACUGAAACAUAGAAAAUUGUUACCUUCCUAUCUUACAGCUGCUGAAUUAAAUUAUAGUCUGAACAUUUGCCUGAAACACUGCCAAAGCUCAUCCUUUCCCAUUGAAAUUGAACAGUUGAUGAAGUGUCGAUCCAUCCCAAAAGGUAGUAAAAUAUUGUCUUUGUGUCCAUUCCUAGAUGAUAAACAUAUAAUGAGAGUACGUGGACGUAUAGAGCAUAGUCAAGAAGAUUAUGAUGCGAAACACCCUAUCAUCUUGCCGCGUGAUCAUCAUAUCUCUAAGUUAAUUGUAGCAGAUGCUCACGAGAAAACGCUGCAUGGCGGACCACAAUUAAUGCAUAAUUAUAUCAGUACCAGGUACUGGAUUAUCAACGUGAGGAGUAUAAUUAGACAAUAUAUUAAGAAGUGUAUUACAUGUAUUCGAUAUAGUACCUCGUGCCAACAACCCUUCAUGGGUGAUUUACCAAGCUCACGUGUUACAGCGAGCCGUCCAUUUAGCCGAAGUGGAGUUGACUACUGCGGUCCUAUCAACGUUAGAAUAUCCAAGGGUCGCGGAUGUCGAUGCUUCAAGGGCUAUGUAUGCCUUUUCGUGUGUAUGGUGACACGCGCAAUCCACUUGGAAGUGGUAAGUGAUAUGACGAGUGAAGGAUUCAUUGCAGCUUUCAAGAGAUUCGUGGCUCGUCGAGGCCACUGUCAGGAGAUUUGGAGCGACAACGGCACGAACUUUGUGGGCGCAUCAAAAGAGCUACGUGUUUUAUUUAAGGCUGAAAAGUCGAGUAUUUUAGAUGAAUUUGCUCUAUGUUUAGCAUAUACAGGAAACGAAUGGCAUUUUAUACCUCCCCGCGCUCCGAAUUUCGGGGGUAUCUGGGAGGCAGGGGUUAAAUCAACAAAGUAUCACUUGAAACGUGUACUUGAUGGUACCACCUUAACCUAUGAGGAGCUUUCCACAUUGUUGGCCCAAGUGGAAGCAUGCUUGAAUUCUAGACCUAUGUAUAGGUUACCCACUAGUCAGGAGGAUAGUUUGCCUCUCACACCAGGCCAUUUCUUGAUUGGGGAACCGCUUAUUACAGUUCCAGAAAAUAAUUACAUGAACCAUAAUAGCAGUAUGUUGCGUAGAUGGCAACUCAUGCAGAAACUUACUCAAAAUUUUUGGCGUAAGUGGUCAAGAGAAUAUCUCACAACACUUUGCAACAGGUAUAAAUGGACGAAAGUUACUCCUGAACCUCAAAUAGGCCAAGUUGUUUUAAUUAAAUCUUCCCCCAAGUAG